UUACGUUUUGUGAAAAUGGCAGAAAUGGGAGAAAAAUAUAAUACUAAAUGUCCUGGAGUUAAACGAUUGAUGAGAGAAGCCCUGGAGCUUGCAGAAGCCACUGAGGAGUACUGUGCUCGGCCCUUGGACGACAACUUAUUCGAGUGGCACUUCACCGUGCAGGGCCCUAAAGGCACUGACUUCGAAGGCGGUAUCUACCACGGCAGAAUACUACUGCCUAAAGAAUAUCCUAUGCAUCCGCCGCAUAUUAUUCUUCUUACACCUAACGGUAGAUUUGAGGUAAAUAAAAAGAUCUGUUUAUCUAUCUCUGGCCAUCACCCUGAGACUUGGCAGCCAUCAUGGUCUAUUAGAACAGCUUUACUUGCUCUUAUAGCUUUCAUGCCCUCUCCUGCUGAAGGAACAAUUGGUUCUCUGGAUUAUUCUCCUGCCGAGCGUAAGAUUUUGGCAAAGAAGUCAACAAGUUGGGUGUGUCCACUGUGUGGGGAGACAUCUGUUUUACUAUCAUCUACUGCAGCUAAGCCAAUGACAGAGGAGGAGCAGUCCGCUCUCAGCCAAAUAGCCUUCAAAGGGGAGGAAGAGCAAGCGCCUAAGCCACCAGAGGAGCCACUGCCGGAAAUUGAGACACAAAUCCUAGAGUCAUCUGAACAAGGCACCAGCUUCUUAGACCAGUUAACUGAAAUAUUGGUGGCACUUCUUGUGGGUGCUAUUGGGAUAUUUAUAUACAGGCGCUGGAGUGCCUACCACCCUGCUGCAGAGGCCGAAUUGUAAUCUUUUAGAUCCUUUAUAUUUAUACAUUUAUCAUAGCCUAAGUAUACUUUUUGUCACUUUAGGAUACAUAAAGUGGCUAGUACAUGGCUAGACACUAUUUUUACUAAUAAAAUAUUUUGCCCCAAUUUCCCUUAAAGAUUAUCACUUGUUGUUAUAAUUGUGUUCACAAGAUAGUUUCCAGCACCAUGGUCAACAUAAUAUACAGUAUCUAAUUAAGAAAACUUUAUUUAAAACUUGUGCCUUAUCAGAGGAAAUCAAUAUCAUAAGGCAUCUGGUAAAUCCUCCAGGACUAAGUCAAGGAGUCUCGUUCUGUAACUGUACUAUGUAACAAAAUAUUUUGUGUGGGUUUUGCGAUCGUAGAUAUCAAAUUUAUUUAUUUCACAAUAAAACUAGAUGUUGUGAAUGGAUUAGAAAGAAUGGAAGAUGGCGGCAAACAUUGUGACUCAUUGUUUUGCGACAGAGUUGGCCAUACUGCA